ACGCCGGCCUGCUCGUUCAAUUUUGUGGCUGCUAACGAGGCGCACAGAUCACCUCCUGCCCUAGCACUUGACACAGCGCUUCAGCUACCUUAAACCGCGCGCUGCAGCAAGUUUCCCCGCUGCGCCGCACGAUAAACACGCUGCGCUGCUUUCAAAAGCACCUCAAACCGCACAGCGCAUAGCGCGCGCCGGCCGCCUCUAUAGCGCCGCAAAACCCCCCACCCUUGCCGCGGCCAACCCCCGCGCCCGCGCCAGCAAAAAAAAAUGGUCCGCACGCGCCGCGGCGCGACGACCGGCGAGGCGGACGACAACGCGAGCGACGGCGACGUCGAGAUCUUCGACGAGCGGCCGCCGGCGCCGCCGCCGCGGCCGCGGCCCGCCGCCGGCCGCGGCCGCCAGGCCUUUGGGGCCGUCGACCCGAACCAGGGCCGAAAAAGGAAGGCGCGGCCGCCGCCCGACCAAAGAGACGAUAAGAGGCCCAAGAAGCAGAGGGAGACGGUGCCCUACGAUGUCGAUGUCGACAACGCCCACGACGAGCAGCAAGUUACCGAAUAUGUGGUGGACCUCUACAAGCACUACAAGUCCGUGGAAAGUACGUGGCCCAUCGAGGCGUACAUCGAGUUCCAGCAGGACAUCAACGCCAAGAUGCGCGCCGUUUUAGUCGAUUGGCUCGUCGAGGUCCACCUCAAGUUCAAGAUGCUCCAGCCCACGCUGUAUCUCACGGUCCAGAUCAUCGACCGCUACUUGUCGUCAAAGCAGAUCCACCGCAAGAAGCUCCAGCUGCUCGGCGUGUCCGCUUUAUUUGUAGCCUGCAAGUACGAGGAGAUCUACCCGCCCGAGGUCGCCGACUUCACGUACAUUACUGAUCAUGCUUAUGCCGCCGAAGAGGUCCUGGACAUGGAGAUGAAGAUUUUGUUGGAGCUCGACUGGAAGAUCACGGCGCCGAACGCGCACCUGUGGAUCGAGCGCUUGUGUGCCGUGUCUAGGGCUUCCUCGCGCGUCAAGCACCGCGCCGAGUACUACUCGCAGCGGACGUUGCAGGAGUACGCCCUGCUCGACUUCAAGCCGUCGCAAAUUGCGGCGGCGGCCGUCCACUUGUCGCUGGUCGCCGAGGCGCGGGAGAACCGUGAUAAUAGGGAGUGCUGGCCGCGGCCGUGCGAGCGGCUGACGGGCUACACGCAGCUCGAGCUCUACGCCUGCGCCAAGGCCAUCUCCUUCCACGUGAACGGCGGCGUCGACUCCAAAAGGAGGUUGGUAGCGUGCAAGAAGAAGUUCGGCCGCCACGACUUCGCCGAGGUUUCUUCAUCAGGCAAGUGCCCGGUGCUGAAGCGGCCGCGCGAGCUGGCGCUGGAGUCGUAG